AUGUUAAUAUGUUAUAGGUAUGAAACCUUGCUCAUCAAAGAUAUAAUCGAUGUGAUAUGGAAAAGAUUACGUCCUACAUCGUUCACUUCUGUGGAGAACUCAGUUGGAUUAGACUCAAGUAUGAACUCAAUUGAUUUAUUGUUAGGUGCAGGGGUCGAUGAUGUUCGCUUUAUAGGGAUAUGGGGUAUGGGUGGGAUUGGUAAAACAACUAUUGCCAGAGUUGUUCGCGAGAGAAUCUCUCCUGAAUUUGAAUUCAGCAUAUUUCUUGAGAAUGUCAGUGAUAAUGUUCAAAAAGGUGGUCUAAUAUCCCAACAAAGAGAAAUUCUUUCAAGGAUAUCGAUGAAAACGAUUGACAUAUUUGAUGUUCAUGAAGGAUCUACGAUGAUUAGAAGAUUACUUCAUCACAAAAAGGUUCUUCUCAUUCUCGAUGAUGUGACGAACUCAGACCAUUUAGAUUAUUUGGCUGGAAAGCAAGAGUGGUUUGGCUCUGGGAGUAGAGUUCUUAUUACAACUAGAAAUGAGCAUUUGUUAGUUGAACAUGGAGUGGAGAGAAGAUUUCACGUCAAAGGUCUAAAUCAUGAUGACGCUCUUAAGCUUUUUAGUUGGAAAGCCUUUGGAAAAGACCACCCUGAAAAAAUUAUAUUGAUUUGUCUAGCUGUGUUUGCGUUGGGUAAACUAAGGGAUCUUUGUAACACAGUUUUGGGGACACUUCAAAUAAGUUACGAUGAUCUAGAUGACAAGGAGAAGAAAAUUUUCCUUGACAUUGCGUGUUUCUUUAACGGGGAGAAAAAAGAUCGAGUUAUAGAAAUCCUAGACAGUUGCGGCUUUUGUGCAAAGAUGGGUCGUGAAAUAGUCAAUCGAGAGUGUCUUGAUGAGCCAGGAAAUCGCAGCAGGUUGUGGUGCCAUGAAGAGGCCAAGCAUGUGUUGAGCAAAAAUACAGGAACAGAUGCAGUAGAAAGUAUAACCAUGGACAAAACUGGGCCAGUGGUGCACGGGGAUGCUAAAUGCUUUUCAAGGAUGAAGAAACUGAGACUUCUCAAUCUCGCUAAUGUGAACCUCUCUAAUGAUCUUGAAUAUCUCUCUGAUAAUUUACGAAGUCUUGAAUGGGCUGGGUAUCCUUCAAAAUAUUUCCCGUCACAUUUCAACCCAGAGAAACUACUAGAACUUAACAUGUGCCAUAGUCACAUUGAAUCUUUUUGGACGGGUGUUAAGGUUGACCCAUCCCUUGGAAUGCUUGAAAGAAUUACUCAGGUAAACUUGAAGGAUUGCGAAAGUCUUGUGCAUCUUCCAAGAAGUGUGUAUGGCUUAAAAUCUGUCAAAGUUCUUAAUCUCUCUGGCUGCUCAAAGCUCGAAAAGUUGCCCAAAGAGUUGGGCAAUGCGGAGUGUUUGGAGGAGCUUGAUGUGAGUGGAACUGCCAUAAGACAACUGCCUUCCUCCAUUGUUCGGUUGAAAAGCCUCACAGUAUUAAACUUUCGUGGAUGUAAAGGACCAUCACCUAAAUUUUGGAAUUUGCUCUCCCUUUUUCAGCUAUUUCUCUCCCUUUUUCAGCGAUUUCUAAUAAGAAGUCGCGUUCCCACGCCUUUGUUGCUGCCUUCUCUAUCUGGUUUGGUUUCCUUAAAAAAACUUACUCUAAGUGAUUGCAAUCUCUUGGAAGUCCCUAAUGACCUUGGCUGCUUGUCCUCAUUAACCGACCUAGAUCUCAGUAGAAACCAGUUUGUUAGCCUACCCAACAGCAUCUCUCUACUUUCUAGACUUCAAUUUUUUAACUUGGAGUAUUGCGAGAGGCUUCAAGAAUUGCCAGAGGUUCUACAGACAGUAAUAGCAGUUGUUGAUAACUGUAUUUCAUUAGAAAGAAUUGCCAGAGGUUCCACAGAAAGGUGCAAGUUGCUGUUACGGACACAAUGUAUCAACUGCUUCAAAUUUGCGGAGAUGCACGAUUUUAGGAGUUUGGUAUUUACAUUACUGGAACAAUACGUUGGGGAAGUCCCUAUUACUCAAGACGUAUUUCAAUUUGUUGUUCCUGGAAAUGAAAUUUCCGAGUGGUUCAAUCAUAAAUCUGCUGAAUAUAUAUACAAUGAGGAGUGGUUCAAUCCUCAAAGUGUGGAGUAUCCAUUAAGUGUGCAGCUAUGUCCAGGUUGGUUUACUGAAAAAUGGAUGGGAUUCGCGGUGUGCAUUGCUUUUGCAAUCCAGGAACGAUCACCUAAUUGCGACCAUGCUCUUAAGUACCCUAGAUAUGAUUACAAUUAUACACAUAUUAUUACUUGCAAAGUGGACAUCAAUGGAAAGGAGAUGACGGCACGUAGGCGUCCAUUUGUGUUUCUCAAUGCAGAGUUGGGCCAAGCUGUGUCUGAUCACCUUUGGGUACUCUUUUUUCCUCGUCACUUUCCUCAGUUGUGGAAGGGUAUCAGCGAUCAGGUUAAAUUGCCUUCUGGCACAGAGUGGUGGCAAGGUAUAUUUGGUCAGAUUACAUUUUCAAUUACGUCCAGAGUUGGCCAUGGAGUAAUAGUGAAGCAGUGUGCAGCUCGUCUGGUGUACGAGGGAGACUUGGAAGAGCUUGACCCAAGAUUUAGCCACCGGACCCGAAGCAAUGUCAGUAUUUCUGAGGUGGAUUUAUCACUAGUGGAUGCAAGUAGCAACUAG